AAAGAAAUAAUAAUUAAAAAAAAAAAAAAAAAAAAAAAAAGAUGUCUGGUACUUCAACUUCAAAUGCAGACCUUAUCACACAACAGCCUGGUCAGCAUUCCAUGCAACAGUCCUUUGCAACAGAAUUCUCACCUGAUGAUGAGAACCAUGGUAUCUAUGGAAGUCUUAUGAACACAGCGGGUGAAAUCAUGGGAAUGUUGGGAUCUGUUCCAUGUAUUGUCUGCUGUCCUAACCCUUAUAAGACGGUUUCUCAAGGAUAUGUUGGAUUGGUUACACGCUUUGGAAAGUUUUACAAGAUCGUUGAUCCUGGCUUGACAAAGAUUAACCCAGUUACUGAAAAGCUCAUCAAGGUUGAUAUCAAGAUCCAGAUUGCAGACAUCCCGCGACAGGUGAUCAUGACAAAGGAUAAUGUCAAUGUUCACAUUGAUUCAGUCCUGUACUGGCAUGUCAUCAAUCCUUCGCAAUCGGUCUUUGGAGUCACCAACGUUGAAUCUGCACUGAUUGAAAGAACGCAGACGACGCUACGACAUAUCUUGGGUAUGCGUGUACUUCAAGAGUUGAUCGAGAACCGUGAGGCAAUCGGUGAAGAGAUCCAAGAGGUGAUCGAUACACCUGCACGAGUCUGGGGUGUGAAGGUGGAGUCGGUGUUGAUUAAAGAUAUUACAUUCUCAAGGGAAUUGCAGGAAGCUCUUUCGUCGGCUGCACAGGCGAAACGAAUGGCAGAAUCCAAGGUGAUUGGAGCACAAGCCGAAGUGGAUUCUGCAAAGUUGAUGCGAGCUGCCGCUGAUAUCCUAAAUACACCUGCAGCAAUGCAAAUCCGAUAUUUGGAAACCAUGACUAAUAUGGCAAAGGGAUCGAAUACCAGAGUGAUCUUCAUGCCCACUCAACAGGGUCCUCAGGAAAUGACACCUCUCCAAGCUAACCAAUGGGAGCAGUUGGCCAAGGAAUAAUAGGGGGAGGAAAAAACAGAAAAAGUGUCAAUAUCUUUAUUUUAUAGCAAGCAGGAAAAAAUAUAAUAGCUUUUCUUUUUUAAUACGUGUAAUAAAAAAAAUAACCGUUGAAGCAUCUCGGAG